AUGGGAUUUUUUCAACUUGAGUUGGCGCCAGCGAGUGUAGCCAUUGUGCCGUAUGGAGGCAGUCGCGUUGCCGUCUGGAAACAUCUGUACGCGAGGCGAUACUUCAUUAGACCGCUGGCUGAACUGAUUACCAGUUCCGUCAAGUGCAACAGAGACCCACUUCGAAAUAGAAGCGAAGUGACGUUCGACGUUGAAAUGAUAAACCAAGACAUCAUUUCACAUGUUUUUCGAUUUCUCAAUGAAAGCAAGAAGGAAAACAUGACUGAUUCAAAGAUAGAGUUAGUUCCAAUGGAGAAAAUCAGAAUCAAGUGGAGACACACAGAAAGUGAUUUAGAAUCGACUGAUUUCGAACUGAUUGACAAAUGGAGGAGCAACGCGGGAUUAAAGCGACAGGUGACCUUUUCCAUUAUUAGUCGCACUGAUCAAAAGUGCAGGGAUCUGGAAUACUCGCUUACACAUUUUCCUGACAUUUUCGACAUGUUCGAGCUGGAAUAUGUGGCAGUUGGCCAAAAAGUGUCGGCCAAAACUAUCAGAGUUGAGGGCAAACAUAUAUCCAAGGGAUCAUUCUUCUCAAACUUGAAACAGUUUGCGGACAAUUCCAAAGGCGACUUGUAUAUAAACUCGAAGGAUGUGGUUAAACUUUCAAAUGAAAUAGUUUCUUCCGUGAUGGUUGAUUCUGUGACUGACUCCACCUACAUAGCCACAGGGGAUGAAUUGAAUGUGAAUGAAGCAAUCCGGAACACUCUUCAAUCUCAACGAGACUCAACACAGGACUUCAAUGAGAUUCGAUGGGAAUCCGUCUUCUGGGAUCCACUCUCUGCCAGACCCGAUAAAAUUGCAAAGGAGGUAAUUAAAUUUUUCUAG